AACGAGCUCUUGCACUAUUAGAAAUGGAAAGCUACGCUGCCGCCGGUCAACUUUUAGCAAGGCUCUGUGUGUCAUGAGUUUCCUAUCCUUGUCGUGAAAGUCAUGUAGUCUAUAAUCAAGUAGCAGUGAACAACUUGGACUUGACAGGGAUACUCUACAGCAGGACUGCACCAGGUUGAAGCGGCCACUACAGAAAUGGCCAAUCUAAACUGGAAACCUUUCAUCUACGGAGGGAUGGCCUCAAUUGUCGCAGAAUUCGGUACGUUCCCCAUAGACCUCACGAAGACGAGGUUGCAGGUGCAGGGACAGUCUCAGUACAUGGAAGUGCGUUACCGGGGAAUGUUCCACGCCCUCUUCAGGAUCGGCAAGGAGGAGGGCAUUAAGGCCUUAUACUCUGGGAUCUCUCCAGCGCUGCUGAGACAGGCCUCCUAUGGCACCAUCAAGAUCGGCACCUACAACACCCUCAAAGGGCUUUUCGUCAGCCGGCCAGAAGAUGAAACCAUGGUGAUCAACGUGUUCUGUGGUGUGGUGUCUGGGGUCCUGUCCUCCUCGCUGGCCAAUCCCACUGACGUCCUCAAGAUCAGGAUGCAGGCCCAGGGCAGUCUGUUACAGGGCAGCAUGAUGUCCAACUUCAUCAACAUCUACCAGAACGAGGGGACCAGGGGACUGUGGAGGGGUGUCAUCCCCACAGCUCAGAGGGCGGCCAUCGUGGUGGGGGUGGAGCUUCCUGUCUAUGACAUCACCAAGAAGCAUCUGAUUCGCUCGGGCACCAUGGGAGACAAUAUAAUGACACAUUUCGUCUCCAGUUUCACGUGUGGCCUGGCGGGGGCGCUAGCCUCCAACCCGGUGGACGUGGUCCGGACCAGGAUGAUGAACCAGCGCGUGCUGUCAGGGGGGCCCAUGUACAAGGGCACCCUGGACGGGCUGAUGCAGACCUGGAGGAACGAGGGCUUCUUCGCCCUCUACAAGGGCUUCUGGCCCAACUGGCUCAGACUGGGGCCAUGGAACAUCAUCUUCUUCAUCACCUUUGAACAGCUGAAGAAGAUGCCCUUAUAGUCGGAACAGGAAGCGAUCAAUCCAGGAAGUGGACUUGAGUGUGUGUGUUGUGUGUGAUUGUGAGUGUCCUGACAUUCACAGUCCGUCCCAAAGUUGCACAAAAGCCAUGUGCUAUUUCAGUUUGUUGUUACCAUUUCAAUUUAUUAUCUUUUUUUUUACGACUUUUACAGCGUCUGUUACACUUUGCGCGCAACCGCCCUUCAUGCCGCUGAACUCCAGGCAGCUAAAGUUAGGUUGAAGCGGAGUAUGGAAGCCCAGAGGGGCCAAACCACAGGUGAUUGGCUAGGUAGUGCUGCCUGCCAGUGUAGAGGAUGGUAGGAAAGGGGGGAGGUUUGAUGUGGAGAAACAUGGACCUGGGAACUACUCCUGAGCUUUGAAAAUAACGAAACUCUAUGAAACACAACGGCUGAUUGUAGUUUUAGCUGCACUGCAUGGAAAGUAAAAAAAAAAAAAAAAAUAGUUUAAAUGUUGAGAAUCAAGUGUCUUUGGGCCUAUUGGAUGUCCUUGUGCUUUUAGGGCAAGCGUGUGUGUGCUGUGCUGCGUGAGGCACACUCAGGAUGGUUACUUGAAUCCAGUCCAAAUGUCAACCAAAGCCACCAGGUCAAUAAAAUGACUUUCUUUUGUAAUUGUACAUGACCCCAACCAACACACACACACUAAAACCUACCAAACAAAACAUCCCAUAGUUGAUUCAGUUCGUGGUCAACAGUACGGUACAGUUGUAGACACACAAACCCUCAUUUCUCAAAAGUUUAUUUUGUUUUAUUUUAUCUGUGAUCAAACUAAAGAGGGACCUACCUGGUUGCCACGGUGAAUCCCCAACGAUGCCACGCACGUGCGUGGCAUGCGUUAUCCAAUGUCUACUUGUACAUAUUUAUGAUCAGUUAAGAUAUUUGCGUUUUCGGUUAGAUUUCUCUUCCUUCCUGUAUUGAGGUUGGAGCAGGGGCUGGAUAGGAGAGCUUGGAGAGUUUGUUAGGCUAUAGUGCCAAACUUUGCUGGUACUGAACAGACUUUCUGCUUUGAAACUCAAAUCUGGAGUUGUAUAGGUACCAGGAGAAUGCACUGUAGACAUUUUCUCAAGCCUUAUUAUUAUAAUAAAUUAUUAGUAAUAGUAAUACGUAUUAUUGUUAUUUGGAUUAUUAUUAUUAGGAAUAAUAAUAAUAAUGUUUUGUCAUGGUUCUACUUGUUGAGAUAAGGGAUCAUGUUAUGGUCACAGUUGACCUGCUAGGACCAGUACUUAGAUUCAGUUACCAUGUCCAUGUGGUGUUAGAGGAGCUCUUCCUGACGUUUUAGAUACGCCUGAUGAUCUGUUUGGAUUUGUUACCGGCCUCAUAAAGAGCUGGGAGUGGGGGAAACUAGUUUUGUUUGAGAGUUAGGUUGUAUGUGCUACUGUAUUUCUGCAAUCACAUUUUCCAGAGUGUUUGAUUUUAUUUAUUUUUUAUUCUGAAUGAUUAGUUUUAAUAAUAAUGCAAGCUUUACUCACCAGUUCAUUUAUUGGUGACUUUUGGGGCUUUUGGCUUUCCCUCCAGUGAUUAAUUGUGUAUUCAAUGUCAAACGUGUUAUGUGCAUGUCUUGGUUUAGAGUCUAGCCAAGGAUAACCUGAAUGCAGCACCUUGAACCAGGAGCCAUGAUCCCUGGAGAACCUUCUAGAGCAGCCUCUCUCAACCCUUGUCCUCAGGGACCCCUGCCCUGCAUGUUCUAGAAGUUUCCUUCCUCCAACGCAACAUCUAGGACAUGCGGGUCAGGGGGUCAUGAGAAUCAGGGUUGAGGAAGGCUGGCCUAGAUUUCUGGAUCUUAGAAAUAAUAAUGCUCAAAAUAAAUAAUUCAGUAACUAAAAAAUGUGAAUCAUUCCCUUUCUUCACACCGUCUGUGAAACGUGAGUUUUCAUUGUUAGUCUUUGAAAUACAUUUUUGAAAUGAUGUCGUCCUUCAUGAACUUAAGAGCUCCAUCCUAAAGGGCAACUCAAGUUCUCAUUUCACACUGCUUGCUUUGACUUCUUUAAUUUGAUUCAGUUUUCUUUUUUUUCUAUCAACGUAGUGAUUGAUUGUGUUCAUCUCAUUUCAAGGCCAGCCCUGAAUAUCUUUCACCUUGGUUAUUCAUCUGUAAAUUGAUGCAGCUUGUGUUGGAUCUCCAGAACAGUUCAGUACUGUAGAAAGUUAAGGGUCCGAAUUACCUUUUUAUUCUGUUGAUACAUUACCCAAACACAGUUAACAUGUUGAAAAUUCCGUCUGCUACCUUUUGAAUCUUUCCUGACUGAUGUAGAUUCUGACUUGAAGACUGUUUUAGGCUUUCCCAGCCUAUUACAUCUCUUGGCCAUUUGCACUUCUGUCUGUUGAAACUGUGUUUGCAAUCAUAUUUAUGAUAUUUUGCUUGUUUAGGUGACCGAAUGUAUGCUUGGUUAUGUGUUGAAUAUUUUUGUGUGACGGAUUGAAUUUGGCAUUUUAAGUAAAUGUACACUGAAAUAAAAUAUAUCCACUGAUUGUUUCCACA